GUCUGGAUUGCUUCGGGCUGUGUGCAUUUCUGUUUUGUUCUCAGCUCCGGGGCGCUAUAGUCGCUAAGUGCUGCCUUUUCGCGACGUGUUGACCAGUGCCCACCUGAGUCGUCUUCGCCCCCCGUUCAAUGUGCCACCUGUGACAUUUCGCAAUCCCGUACUUCGACCAGAGUCCUUCGUUUUGCUCAACCAUCUUCUACUUUCUUUCAAUCUCGAUACUUGACUCUCAGUCAACAUGAAACCAUCUUGGUUGGGCUUGUCCCUCCUCUCAUUGUUGGCAGCGCCCGCUUUGGGUGCGCCUUCCGAUACUUCUUCGGAUCUGGAAUCGGGAGACCAUGCCUCACUCGUUGCACGGGGCAAUCGCGGACUGGACCCAGAAGAACCCUCAGUCUUCAAUGAGGUUGAGGUGCCCCCGCUGACGCAGAUAACUCCGGAAAAUUUCGAGGAGGUUACUAAAGAUGGUCUCUGGAUGAUUAAACAUUACUCUCCAUCCUGCCCCCAUUGUCGGACGGCCGCUCCUAUCUACCAGACCCUGUAUGAGUACUACUACACCUCGAACCCCCUGUUUAUUUCUGCAGCGAAGCCUGAUGAGCCCAAGUCCUUUACCGACUACUACAAUUUCCAUUUCGGGUCAAUGAACUGCCUGGCAUACAGCGACUUCUGCGCCAAGCUGAAGGUUGACUAUUAUCCUGCGUGGGGAUUCUAUCAAAAUGGCGUUCAGCAAGAGCCUCCGAUUGGUGCCAAAAAGAUGUCUGAACUGGGCGAGAUGAUUGAAAAGAAGUUAGAGGCGGUUAAGCCUGGGUCUCGGCCUUCGCAAGGCAUCGAGCUGCCGAAGAUUGGCGCCAGGGGCAUGGAAAUGACUGCUAAGCCCCUGACCGAGGCGGCCAUCGAGGCGGCCAAGGAGAAGGCCGACGAGAAGCAGAGCGUCGCGACCUCCGAAUUGGAAGGCGUCAGCCCUCAGGCCGCCAAGGCUAAGAUUCAAGGACGGCCUGCUAAUCCUCAGGGUCUUUCCAUCCCACUUACUGCGGAGAGCUUCCAAAAGCUUGUUACGACCACCCGUGACCCAUGGAUCAUCAAGUUCUACGUCCCGUGGUGCCCUCAUUGCCAGGCUAUGACUCCUAACUGGAACUCGAUGGCCAAGGAGAUGAAGGAUAAGCUCAACGUCGGUGAGGUGAAUUGUGAAGUUGAGAAACGACUUUGCGAAGAUGCCCGAGUGAAUGCCUACCCGACGAUCUACUUCUUCCGUGGUGGUGAGAGGGUUGAAUAUACCGGCCUUCGUGGCCUGGGUGAUCUUCUCUCGUACACCAACAAGGCUGUUGGCGUCGGCUCCAGUAUCCAGGAUGUCGACGCUGCUACAUUCAAGGAGCUGGAACAGACCGAGGAGGUCUUGUUCUUGUAUCUCUACGACGACGCGACGACCUCCGAGGACUUCGAGGCCAUGAACCGUCUUACUCUCAGUCUUGUGGGACACGCUCGCAUCGUCAAGACCAACAGCGCUACCCUGUCAGAGCGGUUCAAGAUUUCUACUUGGCCUCGUCUUCUGGUGGUCCGUGAUGGACGUCCCAACUACUACAACGCUCUUGCCCCUAAGGACAUGAGAGAUUUCCGCCAAAUCCUCUCGUGGAUGCAAACUGUGUGGCUGCCUAUUGUUCCCGAACUUACUGCAUCUAAUGCUCGAGAGAUCAUGGACGGAAAGUUCGUAGUCCUGGGGCUCCUAAGCCGUCGUCGUUCCGAUGAUUUCAAGCAGUCCAAGCGUGAGUUGAAGGAGGCUGCUCUUGAGUGGAUGGACAAGCAGGUCCAGCUGUUCCGUCUUGAGCGCGCUGAACUUCGUGAUGCCAAACAACUGCGUAUUGAAGAAGCCGAUGACCGCAAUGACCAACGCGCACUGCGGGCUGCAAAGAACAUGCGCAUCACAAUCCGCGAGGACGACAAGAAGCCAGUCGCCUUUGCUUGGGUUGAUGGCGAUUUCUGGGAGCGCUGGCUGCGCACAACCUACGGCAUCGACGUGGAGAGCGGUGACCGUGUGAUUAUCAAUGAUCAGGAUAACCGCCGUUAUUGGGAUACCGCUUCGAGUGGAGCCCCCAUCAUGGCCUCGCGAACCUCAAUUCUCGAGACCAUUCCUCUUGUCAUCGCUUCCCCCACCAAGCUGUCGCCCAAAUCAACCAUCGGUACUUUUGAGACCAUCUUCUUCUUCGCCCGAUCUCUCCUCAGCAGCCACCCCAUCCUCUUCUUCAUCAUUUUGGCCGUUGUGGUGGCCGUGGCCACCUUCUUUGGACGUGGACGCCUCCGCCGCAACGCCUCGCGCGGCGGUAUUAUUGGCAAUAACAACAACAAUGGCGGCUUCUUCCACCUUGACGGCAAGGAGGGUUUCCUGAACGGAGGCUCGACUGGAAAAGUCGAUUAA